AUGGUCAAAAUGAGACAAGUCAGAAACCCCAUGCCAGUUCUCUUCAUCAGUAAAGUUUACAAGGCUGAAAACGUCGAAACGGGUGAAAUUGUGGCGCUUAAAGAGCUCAAGUUCGAUACCGCCAACGACCUAGAGAUAAAGAUCUUGGAGAAGCUUAACCCUCAUCUGAAUAAUAACAAAGAGUACAUGGUCUUUGAGUACAUGGAUGAUGACUUGGAUGCAUUUGCCAAACGAGUGAUUUUUACUCCUCCUGAUAUUAAGCACUACAUGAAACAAUUGCUCACUGGACUUGCGUACUGUCAUGAGAAUCAAGGUGAUAUUAAAGGUGAACUCACUAUUCCCAAAUAUGCAUUGUUGAUUCUUCUUGCUUACUUACCUAGCUAA